AUGUCAAGCUCAAUCAAAACUCUUAGGUAUUGUAAAAUAGCUGGUCAUCAAUCCAAAAGGAUUAUCAAAAUUUGUGUUUCUAAGUCAACAUGUCCAAAUAGAUAUUUGUGUGAAUUGUGUUUGAAAUAAUAAAACCAUCAGCAUUUUGAUCAAUGUAUAAGCAUAGAUUAAUUUCUGUAACGAAUCAAUCAAAUUAAAAUUAAUUACAAGGAUGCAAAUAAAAUUGAGGAGAUGGCUUCAAUACUCAAAAAUAAAAUCAAUUCCUGUAUGUCCAUCAUUCAACAGCAAUUCUAAUAACUAGAGGAUAGAGUUGAAGGCAUCAAAGGCAGCAUUAGAAACAGCUUCACCAAUAUUGCUCAAGUCUUGGAAUAGUUAAGCUCUAAUCCUUUAGGCUUUAAUGAUGAAAAUCUGAAUAGAAAUUUAUAUUAUCUUUAAGAGGAAAGCUGGAAUGAAUUUCAAAUGUCCGUCAACAAAGGGUCUCAUCUUAUGAAACAAUAUUUCAACAUUCUACACGAAUAAACACUUCGAUUUAAAUUAUCAGGUGGACAUUCGCAAUAAGGAAGCACAGGUUAACUAUUACAGAUCCAAGAGGCUGUUUGGCAUUUAAAAGGAAUUGACCAAUCCUUUGAAUCUUAACUCCAAAAUCGUCCCGAAAUCUCCAGAUUCAUCAUCUAUUACUCAUCACAAACGCAAGAGCUGAUGUAUGAUAUUUUAUUAUAAUAUAUAUGAAGAAGGACAACUAAUAAAUAAUAAAGUUCAGUAAGGAUA